GUUCCGACUCCCUAAUAGGUUACUCUCAUUAACUGAAAGGGAAACUGAGCUGACUAGUAUGAUGCCAAAAAAAUUUACUCCCUUACUAGAACGCGAUGGGUGUCACAUAAGAUCAAGCAUAGACCCUAGGGGUCGGGACUUAGGCUUGUAGUAAGCAGACGGAGCCUUUUCGAAAGCGGGCUGGGGAAGACGGUAUAUAACGCUUAUGCUUCUGAUCUACCUUGGCUUUUCUAUGCUCGGCUGGACCCAGUAGACCACGGCUGAUUAUCAGAGACAUCGUUGUAUACCAGUCGUCACGAUGGUCAAGAUCGAACCCUUCGAAGUCGAGCAGUGGAUGGACCGGUUGGAGACCACUCCUGGGGUGCUCAACAUUGCUGAAACCUGCUCAGCCUCCGUCUCCUUCGACGAUCUAGUGCACAUGUGCGAAGACAAGAGUGUGCCCGGUCCUAAUUUAUUCUCCAAAAAGCUGACCUACGGCGCGAUCCGCGGCUCUGAGGUGCUUCGUCAGCGCGUUGCAUCCCUCUUUGACCGGGCAUCCGACGCCGAACCUCUCCCGGCCGACAACGUAAUCAUCACUCAGGGCGCCAUCUCCGCUAACUUCCUGCUCUUCUACACCCUGGUCGGACCGGGUGACCAUGUCAUCUGCGUGUAUCCUACCUACCAGCAACUUUACUCGGUCCCGCAGAGCCUCGGAGCGGAAGUGUCGCAGUGGGGGCUGAAGGAGACAAACGGCUAUGUGCCCGACGUCAGUGAGCUGGAGGGCCUAGUGAGGCCUAACACAAAGAUGAUCGUCCUCAACAAUCCCAACAACCCCAUGGGAAGCACCAUACCAAAGGUUGUCCUGGAGGACAUCGUCGCCUUUGCAAAGCAAAGAGGAAUCAUCAUCCUCUCAGAUGAGGUUUACAGCCCUCUUUACCAUUCACUCCCUCCCGGGCAGGAAGCACCUCCAUCGAUUCUCGCACUCGGUUACGAGAAAGCCGUGGCCACCGGCUCCAUGUCCAAGGCGUUUGCCCUCGCUGGCAUCCGCACCGGCUGGAUAGGCUCGCGAGACAAAGCUAUCAUCGACGCCGUAGCGACAGCCCGCGACUAUACAACCAUUAGCGUGUCCCAUUUAGAUGACCAGGUUGCCGCCUAUGCCCUGUCCAAACCAGUUCUCGGACCGCUGCUGAAGCGCAACAUGGCGCUAGCGCAGACGAACCUUGGCUUGUUGACUGCGUUCAUGGAAAAGUACGCUUCGGUCUGCUCGUGGGUUAAGCCGACGGCUGGGACAACCGCAUUGGUGCUGUUCAAGAAGGACGGCCAGCCUGUCGACGACGCUAGUUUCGUCCUGGAUCUGUUGGACAAGACCAAAGUCCUGUUCAUGCCAGCGAGCCCUUGCUUUGGGCUUGGGAAAGAUUUCAGGGGUUUCGUCCGGCUGGGAUACGUGUGUGAAACAGAGGUGCUGGUGGAAGGGUUAGAGAAGUUAGGCCGGUACAUUGAGGAACACCUGAAGGCGCCUCCUGAGAAUUGAUAGUUUAAUCUCAACUCCAGAUCUUUACUGCCCCACGAUUGGGAGUUUGGGACUCCCGGUUCACGCAGACCUUAUGCGUGACCACUCGCCCGCUAUUGUGUUAUUGUAUGUAUUUAUUGCGUCUUAUAUAUAGACGCUCUCGAACGUGCAUCGCUGUUCCGUGAACGGUGCACCAACUCCAGAGUUUCUCG